AUGUUUGGCAGCGGACCCUCCAGGGCCCACUUGCCGCGAGGUUCCGGCGCCAGGCGAAUGGCUGUGCUGGAAGCCAUCCCAAAUUCGCCUCGGGUGCUCCUUAUCGAUCGGCUCAUCGGUGUACACUGGGCCGACGUGGCCGAUGAGCUUGGCUCUCGCGUGGCAACAGGCUACGGCGUGGAUUCCGCCCUACUGGAUUUGCUGAAGGCCCCCUCUUCGUGCAGCGUCGUGCGGGAUCACGCACGCGCCUGCUGUCACCAAGGUCGCCGAGCCCUGGCAAGCCUGCCUAGCCGAGACGACUGUGAAGCCUUUUGCUGCGAGCACGCAGGCUGCUGGGGAUGCGUGCAGAACCACAGCAGAUGGACCGCGCUUCCCUCCUGCUUCUCCCUCCGGCGGCGCAGCUGCCCCAGCUCCGAACAGCUGUCCUCAAGCCCCUGGGGCUACUGGCUGGAGUUUGGUGUGUUCUUUGGUGCCACUCUGCGGAGCACCGCCAUCCACUUGAUGCGCACAGGGUUUGGGCAUCAUCCCGUCUACGGCUUCGACUCCUUCCGCGGGCUGGAUGAGGACUGGGGCAGGUUUGACCGCUUCCAGUUCAGCACGGACGGGCGAAUCCCGAAACAUCUGCCUCCGAACGCCAAGCUGGUAGUCGGAUGGUACAACAAGACUCUCCCGGCCUUCAUCGAGAAGAAUCUCCUCGGCGGCGCGAAGGUCCAGUGGCUUCACCUCGACUGUGACACCUAUGCUGGCCACCGCCUUGUCCUCUCCCUCCUGGCACCCUACCUGGCGCCAGGGUCCCUGCUGACCUUCGACGACAUCCUGAACUAUGCCGGUUUUGAAGGCUAUGCGCUGCAGGCCUUCUACGAGUUUAUCCAGGAGACCGGUUGGACCAUUGAAGUCCUUGUGGCGCCCUGGCGCGUGGACUGGUCGAUCUCGAGCCCGACGUCUGCACGCGGCUCGACACCCUGGUGGCUCUCGCGCAUGCGAGCAAUCACCGUGCGGCUGGUGUCCAAGCGGAACGGCCCACACCUGGUGAGAAAAUGGCACUGA